AAGCGAGCGCCUCUUGAGCCAAUGAAAAACGUACGCUGAGGGUGGGAGGCCGGGCACUUUCCUAAUUAUACAGACUUUGGACCAAUUAGAUUAGCGGAGGGAGGUGCGUUGUUCGCUGGGGGCGUGUUUUAUGCUUUGUGCCGUCGCAGCGCUGAUGAGCGUCUGAAGUAAUGGCAUGAGCCUUGCGUCGAGAUCCUGUCAAAGUACCGUACAGCGAAUUUCUCGCACCUGAACUUUUACACUCUUUCCCGAGGACUAUUUUACCAUUUAAACGGGACGUAUUAUUACGUUAUUUACUCUGUCACGCAACAGCAGCACUUGAGAAGUCACUCCACCGCACUUGCGUUCCUGUCUUGAGACAUUUAAAAUAAAAGGAUAUGGUGUUGGACAUGUGAAAUACACGGGCAACUUCAAACAUGAAGCUGGCAUCUUCUCUGUGUUGCCUCGGGUUUCUUCUCACUUCUGUGGCGGUCCGUCUGAGCGACUCGCAGCAAGUAUGCACUGGCACGGAGAAUAAACUGAGUACUCUGUCAGACCUGGACCAGCAGUAUCGGACCCUUCGUAAAUACUAUGAGAACUGCGAGGUGGUGAUGGGGAACCUUGAGAUCACCAGCAUCGAUCGCAGUCGUGACCUGUCCUUUCUUAGGUCCAUUCGUGAGGUGACCGGCUAUGUGCUUGUGGCACUAAAUCAGUUUGAGUAUCUGCCCCUGGAGAAUCUUCGCAUUAUCCGCGGCACCAGGCUGUAUGAAGACCGCUACGCCCUGGCUAUCUUCCUCAACUACCGCAGAGACGGCAACUUUGGUCUCCAUCAGCUUGGCCUUAAGAACCUCACAGAAAUUCUGAAUGGAGGGGUGUACGUGGACCAGAACAAGUUCCUGUGUCAUGCUGAUACCAUCCACUGGCAGGAUAUAGUGAAGAACGCUCGCCCUGAUCACCUGGUGGUGCCGUCCAAUAGCAGCAGCUCAUGUCAGAGGUGUCAUAGAGGAUGUAAUGGACGCUGCUGGGGGCCAAAGGAGGACCAGUGUCAGAGCUUGACGAAGACCGUGUGUGCUGAGCAAUGUGAUGGCCGCUGUUUUGGGCCGUACGUCAGUGACUGCUGUCAUCGUGAAUGUGCUGGAGGCUGUUCUGGACCAAAGGACACCGACUGCUUUGCCUGCACUAAUUUCAACGACAGCGGUGCAUGUGUGACGCAAUGCCCUCAACCCUUCGUCUACAACCCCAACACGUUCCAGCUGGAGCACAACCCACGGGCCAAAUACACAUAUGGAGCAUUCUGCGUCAAAAAGUGCCCACAUAACUUUGUGGUGGACCACAGCUCCUGUGUCAGAGCCUGUCCCACCAACAAGAUGGAGGUGGAGGAGAAUAGGAUCAAGAUGUGUAUCCCCUGCACUGAUAUCUGCCCAAAAGCAUGCGAUGGAAUCGGCACUGCCAGCCUUCAAAUGGCUCAAACCGUAGACUCCAGCAACAUCGACAGAUUCAUCAACUGCACCAAGAUCAACGGAAACCUGGUGUUCCUCAUCACAGGCAUUAAAGGGGACGUAUACCACAACAUAGAGCCUCUGGAUCCAGAGAAACUCAGCGUGUUCCGCACCGUCCGAGAGAUCACCGGUUUUCUAAACAUACAAUCUUGGCCAGAAAACAUGACUGAUCUGAGUGUCUUCUCCAAUCUGGCAACCAUUGGAGGCAGGUCUCUCUACAGUGGUAUCUCUCUUCUGGUGCUGAAGCAGCAGUGGAUUUCCUCACUGAAGCUGCAGUCUCUGGGUGAGAUCAGUGCUGGAAACGUGUACGUCACCAACAACAGUCAACUCUGCUUCUACAACACUGUCAACUGGACGGGACUCUUCCGCACCAGCACCCAGAAGGCCCUGAUCCGCAACAACCGCGACCCCAAGGAAUGCAUUUUGGAUCGUAUGAUAUGUGAUCCGCUGUGCUCUGAUGCUGGCUGCUGGGGUCCGGGGCCUGACCAGUGCUUGUCCUGUCGGUUCUUUAGUAGGGGACGUACCUGUGUCGAAUCCUGCAACCUGCACGAAGGGGAUGUACGCGAGUUCGCAAACGGUUCAGUGUGCCUGGAGUGUGAUGCGCAGUGUGAGGUGGCAGAUGACAACGGUCUUACCUGCACUGGGCCUGGUCCUGAUCACUGUGUUAAAUGUCUUCACUUUAAAGACGGACCCAACUGUGUGGAGAAAUGCCCUGAUGGCCUACAGGGAGCAAACAGCUUCAUCUUCAAAUAUGCUGAGGCCAACAAUGAGUGUCACCCCUGCCAUGUCAACUGUACCCAGGGAUGCACAGGACCUCGUCUGCAAGACUGCAUUGGCAUGAUGGACAGGACUCCCCUCAUUGCAGCCGGGCUUAUUGGGGGAUUGUUUGUGGUGAUCAUUGUGGGUCUAAGUGUUGCCAUAUCAGUGAGAAGGAAGAGCAUCAAGAAGAAGAGAGCCUUGAGACGCUUCUUGGAGACUGAGUUGGUGGAGCCACUGACGCCCAGCGGUGCGGCUCCAAACCAAGCACAGUUGCGCAUUCUGAAAGAAACUGAACUGAAACGGGUGAAGACCCUAGGAGCUGGGGCUUUUGGCACUGUUUACAAGGGCAUCUGGGUACCUGAGGGCGAGACUGUGAAGAUUCCAGUUGCCAUAAAGAUCUUGAACGAGGCAACGGGGCCCAAAGCCAAUGUAGAGUUCAUGGACGAGGCUCUGAUCAUGGCCAGCAUGGAGCAUCCUCACCUGGUGCGGUUACUGGGUGUGUGUCUGAGCCCCACCAUUCAGCUGGUCACACAGCUCAUGCCCCAUGGCUGUCUGCUGGACUACGUGCAUGAGCAUAAAGACCACAUCGGCUCCCAAUUACUGCUCAACUGGUGUGUUCAGAUCGCCAAGGGUAUGAUGUACUUGGAGGACAGGAGACUUGUGCACAGGGAUCUGGCUGCUCGGAACGUCCUAGUGAAGUCACCCAACCAUAUAAAGAUCACUGAUUUCGGUCUGGCUCGCCUUCUGGAUGCAGAUGAGAAGGAAUACAACGCAGAUGGGGGCAAGAUGCCUAUAAAGUGGAUGGCAUUGGAGUGCAUCCACUAUAGAAAAUUCACCCACCAAAGUGACGUAUGGAGUUACGGAGUGACUAUCUGGGAGCUGAUGACAUUCGGAGGAAAGCCGUACGACGGAAUCCCAACCCGAGAGAUUCCUGACCUGUUGGAGAAAGGAGAGAGGCUUCCUCAACCUCCCAUUUGCACUAUUGAUGUCUACAUGGUCAUGGUCAAAUGCUGGAUGAUAGAUGCAGACAGCAGACCCAGAUUUAAGGAGCUUGCAGCAGAGUUCAGCCGAAUGGCAAGAGAUCCACAACGUUACCUAGUCAUCCAGGGAGACGACCGCAUGAAGCUGCCCAGCCCCAAUGACAGUAAGUUCUUCCAGAGUCUGCUAGAUGAGGAGGAACUGGAGGAUCUGAUGGAUGCCGAGGAGUAUUUAGUGCCACACGCCUUCAGUAUUCCUCCACUGGCAUACACAACCAGAUCACGCAUUGACUCCAACAGAAACCAGUUCACAUACCAGGACGGCAGCUUCGGAAUGGAGGAGAUGAUGGCCACUAUCCCGCGGGUUGUGGCUUUGUCUGCGGUCAGCCCAGGCUGUUCCACUCAGAAGCAAUCUAUGGCCCAGCAGGGGGCCUCGGGAACUUCGGAGGCAUUUGAAGACAGCCGCUGUAAUGGCACUCUCAGGAAGAAGGCUUCACCCAGGGCGAGCACAGGGGAGGACAGCAGUGUCCAGCGCUACAGUUCAGACCCAACUGUGAUACUAUGUGAGCGUGGAGCGAGAGCUGAGACCGACCAGGCUACAUACAUGAGCGCCAUGCAGGACAAAAAGCCCUCAGAUUAUCUCAACCCUGUGGAAGAGAACCCCUUUGUCACUCAUCGCAAAAAUGGAGAAGUCCACACUACCGAGCGAGGUUACCACAGUACCUCCAACGGGCAGCCCAAAGUGGAGGAUGAGUACGUCAAUGACCCGUUGUACCUAAACACCUUCCAUAACUCUGGGGAAAAGAGUCAUGAUGUAUUGCGGAAGAACGGAGUGCCUAUGGCACACACGGCAGCAGCAGCAGUAGUAGUAGCAGCAGCAAAUAGUGGAACUUCCAUCAGCCAAAACCUUCCCCAAACCAUGAAACCAGCAGCACCCAGUGCCCAUGUCUCAACUCAGCCACUGUACCAAGGCAAACAAAGCAUCUCCACCCUCUCAGGCCACACCCACCACUCCGCCCAUCCCGGACACACCCUCCACCCCACACACUCUGGUACUAUCAAAGCAGACAUAAAGCCCAAAAAGACAUUUGACAAUCCCGAGUACUGGCAGCACAGUCUUCCCCCUAAGGGCACUCUCCACAACCCUGAGUAUCUGCAGGACUGCAGCACACGCUUCUUCUACCGGCAAAAUGGUCGGAUCCGACCCGCCGUGGCUGAGAACCAGGAGUACCUGUCUGAGUAUGCACUAAAACCGGGCACAGUGUUGCCACCGCCUCCCUAUCGUCAGAGGAACACUGUUGUGUAGCAACAACAGUCAAGACAACGAAGGAAAGAUGGAGGUAAAGAGAGAGUCAUAGUGUGUUCUCAUGCUGGCUCUCACACCAGCACUGCAAUCUCUGCGCUCUUCUCUGAACUGGAUUUAACACUCAACCUCCAAUGACCUAGAACUGAUCCACUUGAGUGAACUUCUCCUCCAGAGGCAUUGGUCACAGAUGGCCACAUCAAUCAAAGCUCCUUCCUGCUUGUCUCUUCUCACCUCAUGCACCAUUAAGAUCUGUUUCCCCUACCUGAGCCCAACUUUCGGAAAGUGAUACUCUUCCUAGCAUUUUGUAGAUGUUACAGUCAUCUCAUUGAAAGCAAGUACUGACGUUGACGUGCAAUGUGGGUUGAUCCAAUAGCAGAGAGGGGUCAUUCUUAUUUGUAAUUACAGAACUGGGAAUUUUUGGGGGAAUUUAAUUUGAAGCUACGAUAUGAUCUAUUGUAAUUUAUGACUUCAGUUAACAGUUUAUUUUAGCACACCAUACAUGAUUUUAUGAGGCAGAUGUGUUGUAUGCAAAUCCGUCAUAUUGGGAAUGUCUUUGUGAGCCCUGGGACACAAGGGCCCAAAAAGGUCCUCAAUGUCAUCAACUAACUGAGACUCAAAAAAAUUUUAAAUGACAACCCUGGCUGUAAACUACAUGCUAUUAUAUACAACAAAACAUAUGUUCAGUACAGAAUGGUGUGAACUGGGACCUUGGAUCACCACCUUCUCGAAUGGUGUAUCUUCAAAAGACACAUUGUUCAAUGUUCUGUUCAAAAUAUCUCCAUAAUUCCUCUGCACAUGUAUUGUAUUGCUCAAACAAGCUACUUUUUAUUACUUCUAUUGAGCCGUUCUCUCAUCAUUUUUUAUUCUUAAGUGAGAAUGGAAUGAUUCCCAACUGGACACUGUAAAACUACAUGCGUAAAGGCAACCUGAUGAAAACAAGCAUCUCAUGCUUAGAACUGUAUCCGCCUGCAUAUAAUUGAGACCAUACUGCAGCCUGCCACAAAAUCAAUAACUUCAUAAAAGCAGAUCUACAACAGUCUACUGUAAUAACAUUUUUAUUGUUGAUCUGGCCAGCAUUGAUCUGUAUGCUCACAGAGUUGUCACCUUAAGGUAGCCUUCCUUAUUUUGUCAUUUCAUUUGUGGAACGAAAACCCAGAUUGGGGAUACCAUGAACUUAAGAAACUAAAAUCAAUAUUAGCAACCAAGAGUAUCCAUGUAGAUGGAUGUACGGUGGCAAAUGGAUAUUUACACAGCUACAGAGGCCAAGAUUUGCAUGGAAGACUCAACAGCACACAAUGCCUGACCGGCCGGAAAACUGUUAUGCACAAGACUUGCAUUCAAGAUGGCAGCUUUUUCUAGCUGGGUUCAUUAAAACUGCAACAGUAGGGGACAUUUUGAAAUCUAUAAGACAGGAGUACCAUCAAACAGUAUCAUGAGGAACAAAUGAGAAUUUACGAAUGGAAUAUUUUCCUCGGGGUCAAAGAUGAGACUGCUUCAAAUAUGUCAACUCCAUUUGAACUGUCUCCCAUAAUGACUUUUCUUUAAGAAGCAUCUCAUGGAGCUAUACUGAUAUGAAUUUAGGAAGAUAACGCAGCUUAUUAGGGCAUGUUGUUCUCAUCAAAUGGAGGAAAACAACUUUGCUACAUAUUGGGGAAAUCUUCACCACACACACGUUUCUUUGGCCAGACUUGUAUAGUUUUUAACACUGCCAGUCACUAUGCGUUUCUGCUAAGGAGAAUAAUGAUAUUGUGUUGCUGGUUUGGAGAUUGGAAAUGGUUUUAUAGCACUUAACAGCGUGGCACAGCCACAUGAGUUUGUUUUAAACACCAAGGGCACUAAUUGAAUACUCAUUUAUAAUAAUCAUAGCUACAUGAUGAUAGCAAACACCACCCGCAUGCAUCAAAACAUUUGUUUUGCUCUAUCAUUUUUUAUUUUUUAUUUUUUUUUGUGCUUUUGAAUAUGAAGGUUUACAGUUACAUGGAGCACUUUAAUUAAUGAACAUAACAAAGAUAGAGCAGAGUUCUUUGGGAUUGCUGUUCCCAUGUGAUUGGGCAAAUUACAUUUUUGGCUCUCUACUGGAAACAAAAUCAGGGAAUGUUUGUGGCGUGCCAUAAUAUUUGCCAAACACAGAUGUUUACUAAUUUAAGUAUUUAUCUCAAGCUUUUAACCUUCAGAAUAAUGCAAUUGGGGCAGAAUUUAAGGUGGGUCACAGUAAAGGAAUGCUAAGAAUACCUAUAACAAUAAUAGAAGAUGCAUGCACAGGACAAAAACUCAUACUUGAAAUUGCUUCACUUAAGCUCCUAUAGAGUUUGGAAAUUAGUUUAAUAGUUGUGAAGUACACUGUGUAGAUUAAGAACUAAGACCAAAUUAUAUUUUAUUCAUCUUUCUUGUAUUUAUGAGUGAACCCAAUGCAUAGUUAUCUAAAUGAUUCUGGUGCAACCUCCAUCAAAACCACCUUACGUACAGUUUCCAAAAGGGUAGAAGCUUGCAGUUAACUUCUCUUAAACCAAUUAAAGGCAAGGACCUUGUGCAUAUGCUACUGAUAAUGUCACGGCAGAUCAGGGUGUCUAAAUCUAUAUAUGUAGCAACUGCUGUGAAUACAUGGUGGGUAAAGAUUAACUAAAUCCAUCAAGUGAGGAACAACUAGACCAAAAUAGAGGGAGAAGAAUGCCUGAAAUUUAAGGAUGACUCUUUGCUAAUAAUUUCACUAUUAGCGACUGUUAGAGGAUUGGACUCAUUCUCUUUGGAAACAUUUCCAAUUUCUUGAAACUCUAGGAUAUGAGUUUUGGAUGGAGCACAAACAAUUUGACUCACUGUUAGAAAAAUCUAGAACAACACAAAGACAUCUUGACAUGAACUAAAUAUACCAGAAGGGGCUCAAAGACAAUUAUGUAAAGAGUGGUAAAAUUAUUGGUGAAGGCUUAUUUUCUUUUCUUUUCUUUUUUUUUCUUUAGUCCACUAAGUGAGUUCACUAAGUUCCAGACCCUUGAAUCAUCUCUUCAAAAUGCUUAAAGUGUGCUUUACUACACUGCACAUCUAGAUGUAAUGCCUGCUUGGCAUGUUAUUCUACAUUCAGUAAACAUUUGAUGAAUUACUACUGCCACGAUCAGGAGAAAAUGUGCACAACUCUUUAAUGUACUUCGGUUUACUGCCUGAUUUCUGUUAGGAGUAAUAGGCCAAUAGCAAUGAGUUAACGGCAAUAAAAAUAAUUAAGACUUAAUUUAAAUAGAGUGCACUGCAGAACUAUUUUACCACCUUUAGUGUCUGGUUAAACUGGAUUAUGGGUGGUUUGUUGGAAAUUGUGGCAUUUUGAGUUUAAAAAUCAUAAGCUUUCCAUAUGUUUUUCUUCCUCAUCAGCUAGUUGUAACAUACAACUAAUUCAUUAAUUCCUUACAUUUAUAUAGCGCUUUUCUAGGCACUCAAAGCGCUUUACAUUUGUCAGGGGGAAUCUCCUCGUCCACCACUAGUGUGCUGCAUCCACCUGGAUGAUUUAGGCACAUAAAAGUCCCUUCGUAUGUUUAAAUAAGCCCUAAAGCUCUUUUAUAAUAAUCCUGAUAUCAUUUUACAGUAUAAAGAGGCAAUAAGCUUUACAAAAUACAAUGUGUUUCAGCUUCUGUUAUCACAUUACUGUUUAGGUACUUACAGUAUUUUAGGGUACUUCGUUUAACACAGACAAUUAAAUUAAUUUGCAGUUUUACUGAGUCUGCAUUUGCUAAUCUGAUAAUGUUUGUUUGCAUAUCAAAUCUGCAGCAUCGAAGAUUGCAAACAAAAUUGUAUUUUGGGUUUUUUUGUAUUGUCUUUUAUCAUUUCUUUUGAAAUGCACACUGGAACUUAUUUUGCAUGUGGCAAGGUAGUCGGAAAGUAUCGUUAGAUUUAAGCACAUUUAAAAAAUAAUUUGAUAUUACACAGGACAAAUAAAGGGAAGAAAAAAAUCUUCCUGCAACACUGACAUUUGGAAUAGUUGUUCCUCGUGGUUUUAAUACUGUACGUCAAUGAGAAAAUGUGAAUAGUAUUUUUAUAGACAGUUGAAUUGGCCAGAUAUAUUUGUAAAUAGCUGGGAAACUUAUGCUCUUUUUGAACUGACCUUUUUUUUUUCAUUAUGUUUUGUUCACUUAUAUUGUGUGUGACCAGUUAUUCUUAUUUGAUGGCUGUAUAUAUCUGUAAUUUGAACAGCACAUAUUUGAUUUUGUAGUUCUUGCAGGUUCAUUUGGUACUUCGGUGUGUUUUUUCGUGACCGUAUGCACCAUGCACCGUAUGCUUGGUGCUUUUUGUGUUCUUUAACCUCUGCCCAUGUUCAAGAGGUAGGAGAUGUUUUCUUUCUGUCAGGUAUAGCCUCCCUCCAUCACCCCACAAUGUUCUCUUUGUACAGAAUCCAGCGUGGGGAAUCUGCAGCUGUGUGACAAUAGCAUUUCUAUCUCCCAGGAAUCUCUCUCAACUCCAGAUAGACUUUUCCUGACUUUAGUCCUGGUCAUAUUGCGAGUGUCUAGUUCUUUCUGAAUAUGUAAUUCAUAUUUCCAUCUCUUGACAUCUGCAGCCAACCACACCGUGAGCUCAGGCUUAUUAAAAGACUGUGAGUGCAAACACGGUGAGAAAUGAUGACAAAAGCCACAGUCACUGAACUCAACUUUCUCAAAAACAUCUGCCAUGGUGUUCCUUCAAGAGAGUCAUAAGUCAGAGUGUAUUAUACACGCUGUCAAGUGGACUAAUUGUCUGGAGUGUUCAUUUGGCCACGUUGUUACUGUGUGGUGGCUCGUCAAAACAAAACUCAGUUUUUGACACCCAUCUUCAGCUCUGGUCACAGUAACUUUCUCCACCACAGCUUUCCCAUUCCCCAAAGCUAGAGCAUUUAAAUACUGUUUCACAGUUUUGUUACCUGAAUCUAUAUUUUUAAUUUAAUAUAAAUAAAUAAAUACAACACCUGA